AGUUUCAAAAACACUAUGACAAGUGAAACAAAACAGACACAAAGGGUCCUAUAUUUUAUUAUUUCUUUUAUACGGGAUCUCCAGAGUAGGCAAAUCCAUAGAGCAAAAGCAGAUUAGUGGUUGCCUGGGUAUGGGGGAAGUGGUGGUGAGGAAUGACCGCUUAAAGCGUACAGGGUGUUCUUCCAGAGUUAUUAAAAAAAAAAAAAAGGUUUGGAAACUAGAGAGAAGUGAUCAUUUGCACCAUACUGUGAAUGCACUAAGUGCCACUGAAUUGUUCAUACUUUAAAACGGCUAAUUGUACGUUAUGUGACUCUCUCCCUAAAAACACAAAAGUGAACAUAAUUGAGUAUGUUCUGUUUCCCAGCAUCCCCUCCCCUGAAGAAAGAGAGCACGCUAAACACAGAGCCAAGAACACUGCCCAAGUUAACGCUCUCGGACACAAUAGCAAUUUGCGGCAACAGAAUGAAGUUAAACCAAGAAUUGGUGGGAAGACGUCAGCCUCUGGCGUGGUGGGUGGGCGCAAGGGUGCAAGCGGCGCUGUGCUCAAUGACAUUAGAGACCUCGGACUUAAAGAUCCGCCUGAGAGCGCCCAGAAACCAUCCCCCGAGCUGGAUUUGCGCAGGGCAACUGUGACUCCGGGUAGCACAGGCCGCAAAGCUGGGAUGGCCCGGGGCUCCCCGCACACCGGCUCCCCCCGACCACGAAGCAAGUCUUCGCAGGAGACUUGGGUAUUAGGUUUGUUUCAAAGCCCCAGGAACUUCUGGUGGGCAAAGGAGUGGAGGCUGGCAUUCCAGGCCCCUGGAAAGAGGCGCGAAGGUGUGACGGGGUAGGGGCCGGGGCGGCGGGGUGAACUCGGCCUCGCUCCGGGCCCUGCUCCUCGCCGGCGGCCGGUUCCGAACCGCCGGGUUUGUGCGCUGCGCGACAGCGCCGCCUGCACGCCGCUGGCAGCUCGGUGGUUCGGCUGCCUCAUGCUCCAGCCAGAACGAAGAGGUCCUGACAAAACGGUGGUUAACUGACCGAAUGAAUGAAUGUCCUUCACGUCGGGAGAGCUGUAGGAUUUUAUGGGCGCCCCCGAGACACCGAAGGGAAAAAUAGAGCAAAUAACGAAAGUAAACCCUCGGCUUUUCAAACUGGGCUUGCGCCUUCAGCUGCGGAGCACGCUGCUUCCCCGUCGCGCAGGGAGAAUGCUGCCCAGCAGCCAGAGAUUGCGGACGGUAUCUCAAAGCGUCCCCAAUCCUAUGAAAGACACGGGGGGUGAGGAGGGGCCGAGUCGUUUGCCUUGUAAAAAGCAGGGAAAUGGAAGGGAGGUGUAUUGCCCAUUUCCUUCGUUCAGAGUUGGGAAGCAGGUCCUUUGCUCGCACUUCUGUUUCCGGCUUCCUUUGUUCUGUGCGACGUGGAGGGGCUCGGCAGGGCGGGCUCCUCUAUAAAGUGUUGGGGGGGGGGGCAGCCUUCCCCAAAGUCUCUUAGAUCUUGUCAUAGUGCGGCCUUGGUAAGUAUUAGAGAGGAACUGGCAAGCGCUGAGAUCAGCGGAGCCUUCGAUAGCUCAGUUGGUAGAGCGGAGGACUGUAGUGGCAUGAGUUGCGGUAAUCCUUAGGUCGCUGGUUCGAUUCCGGCUCGAAGGACUUCGUACAACCUUUUUAGCCUCCGCUUAAUUCAAUUAUCCCGUAGGGAGAAAGUUUCACUCAGAGGCCCGCUGUGCAUUUGCAGGAGCACUGCAGCUGUUCGGUAAAACGCAUGUGCGGUUCGUAGUCAGGAUCCAAUCCGGCACUCUUGUGGGUUAGAUGCGAAGAUAUGUGUUACUAUGGCUUGUGUGUGAUUAUGAUAUGCCUGCUUUAAAAAAAUCCUGCCUGUGAUCCCACUGUAUUCUGCUAUAUAAACGUCUUUUACUAUGGUCGAUCCUCGGGUCAGCGACCAGCCCAGAACAGCCUGUAAGGCAAAGGGAAGAAGCUCAGGAGCAGGCGGGGGAUUAGCUCAAAUGGUAGAGCGCUCGCUUAGCAUGCGAGAGGUAGCGGGAUCGAUGCCCGCAUCCUCCACUCAGGGUUUUUUGUCUUUUUGCCCCGUGCACCGGAGGAUUCCUUAAUAGCGGCAGAUGCGCUGACCGAGGAAGGUUUUGUGAUACACAGAGGAGCAUGGUGAGCAAUGACUUGCUUCGCACAUUGACCUUUUAUUUCGCAGCUCUCAGGGCCAGAGUGGGCAGGAGGAUGCUUUCCCAGCCUCACCAUGGAGCUGCGCUGUGGGGGCCUGCUGUUCAGUUCUCGCUUUGAUUCAGGGAACCUAGCCCACGUGGAGAAGGUGGACUCUGUGUCCGGCGAUGGGGAAGGAGGAGCAGCUGGGGCGUCGGCCCCAUUCAGCAGCAUUGCCUCUUCCCCUGACUACGAGUUCAACGUGUGGACCCGACCAGACUGUGCCGAAACAGAAUUUGAGAAUGGAAACAGGUCGUGGUUCUACUUCAGUGUCCGGGGAGGAACGCCAGGGAAACUCAUCAAGAUCAACAUUAUGAACAUGAAUAAGCAAAGCAAACUGUAUUCCCAGGGCAUGGCCCCCUUUGUGCGCACACUGCCCACCCGGCCGCGCUGGGAACGCAUUCGAGAUCGGCCCACGUUUGAGAUGACAGAGACGCAGUUUGUGUUAUCCUUUGUUCACCGUUUCGUGGAGGGCCGUGGGGCCACCACCUUCUUCGCCUUCUGCUACCCGUUCUCCUACAGUGACUGCCAGGAUUUGCUAAACCAGCUAGACCAGCGCUUUCUGGAGAACCACCCUACCCAUAGCAGUCCCCUGGAUACUAUCUAUUACCACCGGGAGAUCCUUUGCUAUUCUCUGGAUGGACUUCGUGUAGAUCUGCUAACCAUCACUUCCUGCCAUGGGCUUCGAGAAGAUCGGGAGCCCCGUCUAGAGCAGCUAUUUCCUGAUACCGGCACCCCCCGACCAUUCUGUUUCACAGGCAAGAGGAUAUUCUUCUUAAGCAGUAGGGUACACCCUGGGGAGACUCCAUCUAGCUUUGUCUUCAAUGGCUUUCUGGACUUCAUCCUUCGACCUGAUGACCCCCGGGCCCAAACCCUGCGUCGCCUCUUUGUCUUUAAGCUGAUUCCCAUGUUGAACCCCGACGGUGUGGUCCGGGGCCACUACCGCACAGACUCACGUGGAGUGAAUCUGAACCGUCAGUACCUGAAGCCUGACGCAGCCCUGCACCCAGCCAUCUAUGGGGCCAAAGCUGUGCUUCUCUACCACCACGUGCACUCCCGUCUGCACCCCCAGAGUCCCUCUGAGCACCAGCACAGUCCCUGUCUCCCUCCGGACGCGCCCCUUUCCGACCUCGAGAAAGCCAACCACCUCCGAAAUGAGGCUCACCUUGGGCACACAUCUGACGGGGACAGCCCUGAAGACUGGACACAGACCAGACCAGCGGAGCAGAAGGCCAGUGGCGUGUGGCUUAUGCCACAGCAGUGUGUGGACGCUGAGCAGCCAGCCCCCGACACCAUCCCCCCGAAAGAGAGCGGUGUCGCUUACUAUGUGGACCUGCACGGACACGCUUCCAAAAGGGGCUGCUUCAUGUAUGGCAACAGCUUUAGUGACGAGAGCACCCAGGUGGAAAAUAUGCUGUAUCCAAAGCUCAUCUCCUUGAACUCAGCACACUUCGACUUCCAGGGCUGCAAUUUCUCAGAGAAGAACAUGUACGCCCGAGACCGCAGAGACGGCCAGUCAAAGGAGGGCAGCGGCCGGGUUGCGAUCUACAAAGCCUCAGGGAUCAUCCACAGCUACACACUUGAAUGCAACUACAACACUGGGCGCUCCGUGAACAGCAUCCCUGCCGCCUGCCAUGACAACGGGCGUGCCAGCCCCCCUCCCCCUCCGGCCUUCCCCUCCAGAUACACUGUGGAGCUCUUCGAGCAGGUGGGACGAGCUAUGGCCAUCGCCGCUCUGGACAUGGCAGAGUGCAACCCGUGGCCCCGGAUCGUGCUGUCGGAGCACAGCAGCCUCACGAACCUGCGUGCCUGGAUGCUAAAACACGUGCGCAGCAGCCGAGGCCUGAGCAGCACCGUGAGCGGGGCCGUCAACAAGAAGAGAGGCUCUCGGACGCCACCCAGAAGCAACAGCGGCUUGCCUGUUUCCUGCUCUGAAAAUCCCCUGAGCCGGGCACGCAGUUUUAGCACCGGCACAAGUGCCGGGGGCAGCAGCAGCAGCCAACAAAACUCUCCACAGAUGAAGAACUCCCCCAGCUUUCCUUUUCAUGGCAGUCGGCCUACAGGGCUGCCAGGCCUGGGCUCUAGCACUCAAAAGGUCAGCCACCGGGUGCUGGGCCCUGUCAGAGAGCCCCGAAGCCAGGACAGGAGACGGCGGCAGCAGCCACUGACCCAUCGCCCUACUUCAAGCAGCCUGGCCCCGUCCCCAAAUCCUACUAGUUCUAGCCCGGCCUCCUCACACAGCACGGGCCCCUGUCUGCUGCCCAGCGCAUUCAGCGUAUCAGGGAGCAGCUGCUCACUCCUGUCCUCAGGGGACAAGCCAGAGGCUGUCAUGGUGAUUGGGAAAGGGCUGCUAGGACCUCGGAUCCCCUGUAUCAGGACACGAUUGCAGGCUAGGCCCAGGUUGGGCCAGGGCUCACCGCCGACUUGCAGAGGGAUGAGCGGCUCUUCCGGCCCCACAUCCCCUAUACCCCGGACCAGGGAAAGCAGUGAGCCGGAGCCGGGACCCCACUCUGCACCAGGGCUGCCUCAGGCCGGGCCCCCACGGCCCCGCUCUGCCCCUGCCUUUUCUCCUAUUUCCUGUAGUCUAUCUGACUCCCAGUCCCGGAUUUGUUACAGCGGGGGGCCCUUGGGCCAACCUGAGGUUUGUUUUGGCCCUAAAUCUCCCCCACUCACUGUCUCUCCCCGGGUCUGA